AUGAGAGGAACAAGUAUGGCCAAUUCUGUGAACUUUCUCCUGCUUCUUUCUCUACUAGCCUUUGCACCCUUCUGCCAUUGUGACAAGAAAGUAGGCGGUUACCUCUACCUGCAAUAUUAUGACAAGUCUUGCCCCAGAGCUCAAGAGAUUGUCAAGUCCAUUGUGGCCAAAGCUGUCGCAAAAGAAACACGCAUGGCUGCUUCCCUGCUGAGAUUGCAUUUUCAUGACUGCUUUGUCAAGGGCUGUGAUGGAUCAGUGUUGCUAGAUAGCAGUGGAACCAUUAUCAGCGAGAAGAGGUCAAAUCCCAACCGUAAUUCAGCUCGAGGAUUUGAAGUUAUUGAUGAAAUCAAAUCAGCACUAGAGAAGGAAUGCCCUGAGACUGUGUCCUGUGCUGACAUUUUAGCCAUAGCUGCCAGAGAUUCAACUGUUCUUACUGGUGGACCAAGCUGGGAAGUGCCUCUAGGCAGAAGGGAUUCUCUUGAUGCAAGUAUAAGUGGUUCUAACUACAACAUUCCUGCCCCCAACAACACAUUUCAAACCAUCCUAACUAAAUUCAAGCUUAAAGGCCUUGAUAUUGUUGAUCUAGUUGCUUUAUCUGGUAGCCAUACUAUAGGAGACUCAAGGUGUACCAGCUUCAGGCAAAGACUCUACAACCAAACUGGCAACGGCAAAGCAGACUUCACUCUUGACCAAUACUAUGCUGCUCAAUUGCGCACUCACUGCCCAAGAUCCGGCGGAGACCAGAAUCUGUUUGUGCUAGACUUUGUCAGCCCAGCAAAAUUUGAUAACAGCUACUACAAGAACUUACUGACUAAGAAGGGUUUGUUGAGCUCUGAUGAAAUUCUCUUGACACAGAAUACAGUGUCUGCAGGUUUAGUAAAGAAGUAUGCUGAAAGUAAUGAUCUUUUCUUUGAACAAUUUGCCAAGUCCAUGGUUAAGAUGGGGAACAUUACUCCCUUAACAGGCUCAAGGGGUGAGAUCAGAAAGAACUGCAGAAGGGUUAAUGCUUAAUCAAGUCACAAAAUUGUCAUGUUGGCAGAUCUCAUGAUUGUACCUAUGUUUUAAUUUAUUGUUCCUUGUUUAUCAACAUUUAAUUCUUCUACAUGAUGAGUUUUGGCCGUGUGUCAUGAACAUUAAGUGGGGUGUUUUAUAGCAUUGUUAAUUUGUUAUUUUUAUGUUUGGUGAAAUGAGUAUUCCAAUAACUUAAUAAAGAAAUAUUCUAUCCA